UUCUCCCUCUUGUCUGAAGAUUCACGCUUCUGUCUUUACUAUAACCUUGACGCAUUUCUUUCUUUCCUAUAUAUAGCUCUAGAAUCGAACGUACUUUUGCAGCUUGCGUUUGCAGAAAGAUUUGAUUUUUUUCUUCCGUGUAGCAGUCAUUUAUGGGCAAAAUGAAGCAAUCUUCUGAGAAGGUCUGGAAGCUUCGCUUUCGACAGAGAAAUCGAUUGCGACUGAAGGUCCGUCUGCUCCGGACCGUGAAAUCUGCCGGCAAUCUUUCUUUUCACAGAUCUUUCUGUUUCAGAAAAUUAGCUUUCAGCCGCUGCAAAUUUAAAGCUUUUUCUUUUAAGACAAGCCUUGUGAGGCGCAGAAGCAGCCCCCGGUCAUAUGGAGAUGAAGAGCAAAGCGUGGAAUUGGAGCGUCGGUUCGAAACCCUGAGAACCCUUGUACCAGGAAGCCAUGGCCUGGACACGCCGAUUCUUCUAAAGAAAGCCGCAGAUUACAUAACGGCGCUUAAAAUGCAGGUGGAAGCCAUGCAAACCCUUGCUAAACUUCUCUAAAAUCCAGGUCGCGGGACUCCUACUUGGCCGACCUAGGUCGCAGGUUCGAACCUCGAGUAAGAUAACUAAAUAUAUAUUAUUAUUAUUAUUAUUAUUAUCUGCUUAAAUAUCAAUGUAAGGUAUCAGGGUUCGAAUCGGAUCGAUAAAUCUCUAUCGCGGACCGUUUAAAAUAAUAUUAUUUACUAUAGGCCUGUAAGAUCUCCAUAUCACUCAUCUUUGUUGCUUUAAGAUGAAAAUUUCUGAUUAUUACCUUUUCAUGGCAAACUGACAUAGAG